AUGCAUCAGCACCCGCGGUCGCCGGUGGUCCCCUCGCCGGCACCCAAGAUACCCGCCAAAUCCUCUGCCGCGCGGGAUGACCUCAAAGACUCAGACUCCGUGCCGCCUUCUCCUACCACCGAUGGGCGGUUGAAUCCUGCCAGAGGCCUGGGCAUCGAUGCGGGUGCGGAACAGGUGUCUGAACCGUCGGCGAGAGACCUGGGACCACCCGGAAAAGAAGCCAUGACAAAGUUGAAUCAGAUCAUCUCGAAUUACCACACCAAAGCGGCCCUCAUCAUCCUUCAUUCGCGCGUCGAGCUCCCUCCUGCAUAUGCUAAGAAUUCCGAUACCCCAAAAGUGAACCGCUGGUUCAACGUUGAAUUAGAAGAUACCGAUGUCCUCCGUGAACAGUUGUGGACAUGGCGGACCUGCGAUGCCGCCACCAAUAGACCCCCGCCGCUUAUCAUCGAGACUUAUCUGGAUUCCGCAGGACUCACGAAUAAUCAAAGCCUCGUGAUUUUGGAUGAUAAUGGGAAGCGGUGGGAUGUACAAGACUCGAUUGCGGCGUCUCGUGGUCCCGUUGGGCAUCCAUAUCCCCAGGGCGCAGACGAGGUCAUUUUGGAACGGUGGAGAAUCGAGCUGGGCGAGACGACUACCAAGCCUACUGCUGAUCUGGGAUCCAUCUUGCCGACGGUGUACAAGAAGAGCAUCGUCCUCUUCAGGUCAUUAUUCACAUACUCCAAGUUCCUGCCGGCUUGGAAAUUUUCACGGCGCAACACAAAGGUGCGGCGAAGUCCUGCUUUGCAGAUCAAGUACCGUGUACUCGAUCCGAGUUCUGUUGCUCGUCUGGAUCGGUCCAAGUCACAUCGGGAUCAUUUGACGCUGCCACUUUAUGAGGGGAGUGGGAAGACGGUGGACACGUACAGCUUUGGGACGACCGACUCUCCAGCAGGACCGUUCAGAGUGCAAGUCACAUAUCGGACGAACUGUGAUUUCCGCGUCGACGAUUCAGAAGCACUGUUGAGCUCGCGGUUCAUGGGUGCCGAUGAUGAUAUCUUCCGCCCCUCGUUGCCGUCGGAGGAUGUCAGUCGCCUGAAUCCUGAGAUUGGGUCGGUGCCUGUAGAGAGAAGGCCCAUGGAAAAUCCGGAUUGCUCACGCGCAUAUGGCAGUUUGUCUACCUUUCACCACGUUGGCCCGACGGGGACUAGCCCGAUUUCUGCGUUGCGCGCUGCCAGAGAUACUGACAUUGGAUCUUCAUCUCCGUCUGAUAAUCACUCCAAGCGACUUCUGCCUGCUGCGCGAAUCGCACCACCAACUGGACGCGCCGCGCAACUCGCGAGUGAAAGUGUAUCAAGCUCCCCUCGUCGCCCCUCCAUCUCUUUCCAAGCUUUCAAAGCCCCUCCACUUUCCGCAUCUCCUGCUUUGGUAGACACGCCUCUUGGUGUCUCACCCCGUACCACACCUGCUCGUCUUUCUACCGGCACUUCAGCGGAAUCACGCGUGAUGCCACCUCCUUCUUCCGCGGCUUCGGCUCGCAAGCCCGCUGCUCUUGCGUCUGAACAGGCCAUCUCAUCUUCUACCUCCGCUUCCCCCAAGCCUGCACCUAUCUCCCGUUAUAGCAGCUCCUUCAGUCAUCGACGCGGUCGUCCAUCCUCUGCAGGCAUGGCUAAAACUGAUGAUGACAACUCGAGUGGCAAGGCUAGUGCGGCAUCAUCCAACGUGCAACCGGGCUCAGGCCUGCUUGCCGAAGUCACCGGGACGAGUGCCGAGUCCUUCCACGCCGACGAUGAGAAUAUCUCCGAGUUUUUGAAGAUGCUUGAUUCGAGAAAGGAUCUCAUGAAUCCAAGCCGCUCCAUGUCAAUCGAGUCCGGGCAGCGAAAACCCACUGCUACUUCGGCAGCCCUCGCACGAUUCCAGCGCAUGCGAGAUUCCAAUGCGGCGCUCUCGGAUUCUAUGUCAUCAUCUAUGCAUUUGCACCGCUCAUCUACAUCCUCGAGCAAGCAGCUUUCUGGCGUACCUCCUAUGAUCUCUGGUACAUCUAUUUCAACCGCAUCAUCUCCCGGAAAGCCCAUCUCCCCUCAUACACCACACACGCCAGCCAUCCGGUCCCGUCUGAGCUCGAACAGCGUUGCAGACGAUGUCCCUACCGAGCACGACCGCCGAGGACCACACCUGGAACAUGACUCGCCGCUGGAAGAGAAUCCCAGCCUGGAGAACACCCAACCAGGCACCUCGACUGCCGGGGCGAUCGAUAUUCCAACCUCCCCACGGGUCUUCUCACCUGCAUACCGGCGCUCAAGCUCCGCCGCUCAGCACCGCCGACAACACUCAGGCGACGACGAGGAGAUCUUCAACCUCGUGAUACGGAGCAUGAGCCUGGGCGCAGAGACCCCUGGCCCGCUACAGCAGCGACCGCAAUACGAGAAUCCCGACCCCGAAGCCCCGACAGGACGCCGGCCAUCCGAGGACCACUCCACUACGACCAGCGGCACAGCUACUCGCGGUCAGACCGCCACAGCGCCCUCGGCCGCGUCGUCCGCGUCCAACGUCUACCAGCCGCGCUUCGCCAGCUCUCGGGGCCGAGGAUUCUCAAGCGGCCACUCCCUCAGCUCGGCGUCGAGUAGCCUUGCCCGCGGCGCCAACAUCCCGCCGCACCUGGUCGAACGCGACGACCACGACGGGAACGCCAGCGGCAGCAACAGCGGCAACUCGACGACCGAGAUCCGCCGCACCUCCAUCCACCGCCCCGGCACCAGCCGGGCCCCGCCCUCGCAAGCCGUCUUCGAGGACGACGAGCCGCUGCUGUUCGCUAUGAGCGACUUCGGCGCCUCACGGCGGAGUCUGGAGGAGAAUCGCCAUGGCAAUCAUGGCGCGGACUCGAGCGGCAUCUCGAGACGAGGUAGUGGCCGCCGCGGAGCUGGGCUCCCAGGUGGUUGGUAG